UCAAUGAUUCGGUAGAUUUUGUUAUCGCUGAGCCUUGAAAGCAUUUUUAAAAAUAUCUUAUUGCAUGUUACGAAACCAUUUUAUGAAUUUAUGAGCCAUAUCUGUAAUGCCUGUUCUCAGUGAUGAUGAAACAGAAACCCUCCAGUUAUAUCUCAACUUGUCUGAUCAAAGGAAGGAUUGUAUUUAGUUUAAUCACGUGAAUUUAUAAACGCAGAGAUUUAACAGUCUCCAGUUCGAUCCAGGAUGAAUUCCAAACAAGCUGGUCAUGUUUGUUCUAUUCAGAGCCAUGUAGUAUCUGGAUAUGUUGGGAAUAAGUGUGCUACCUUCCCACUUCAGCUACUUGGCUUUGAAGUAGAUGCAGUUAAUUCGGUGCAGCUAUCAAAUCACACAGGGUACAAAGUAAUUAAGGGUCAAGUUUUGACCGACGAAGACUUAGGUAUGGAUCAACUAGUGGAAGGCUUAGUAGCUAAUGAAUUAGAUAAUUAUACACAUUUACUUACUGGCUAUGUCGGUUCUGCCUCGUUCUUAAGAAGGGUAGGGCAAUUUGCAAAAAUGCUAAAGCAAAAAAAUCCUAAUUUAAUAUAUGUUUGUGAUCCAGUCAUGGGUGACAACGGUAAACUGUACGUUCCGGAAGAACUGAAGGAUAUCUACAGAGAUGAUAUCGUUCCUCUUGCAGAUAUUGUGACCCCAAAUGAUUUUGAAUUGAAGCUUCUGACAGGCAAGGAGUGUCGAACUAUGGCCGAUCUGCAGAGUGCUAUUAAAAAACUUCAUGAAAAAGGUCCAAAAACCGUAGUGGUUUCAUCGGCAAAUAUUGAUAACAAAUUAGUAGCAGUAGCCAGUACUAUUGGGAAAGAAAAAAUGUUAAAGAUCGAGAUACCAAAGAUACAGGCAACAUACACUGGAUCUGGAGAUCUAUUUGCAGCACUUUUCUUAGCUCACUACUAUUUACAAGAUGAUAUCAAGAGUGCUUUUGAAAAGACUGUUAAUACCCUGCACGAUGUAUUAUUAAAUACUUUAGAACAUUCCAAAGUUUUAAAUAAUAACACACACCGAGCCAGAAACAUCGAGCUACGUCUGAUUCAAAGCAAACAUUUUAUCGAGAACCCAAAGAUCCGUUUCUUUGCCGAAGACUUAUAAUGUUCAAGAUAUAACAAGAAAACAAAAUGUAAGACCAUUUUCGAGCACAUGGAAUAUAAUGUUGCGACCAGUAAAUGUGACAUCUUGCGAAAAAGGGCUUACACAGUUUUAACGAACGACAAUAAUGCAUAUAUUGUAUCUAGUAGUAAGUAUGUAACGGAGAUCAUAGAUACCUGAUAGUUUGACAUAUUAUGUUAUAUAAUUUAACGUACAGAAAUCGGGAAUCCUGGAGAAAUUCGAUCAUCGUUUCGCUUUUCUCGAGUUAAGUGACGUCUUUGUAAAAAUGCUUUUGUAAGCUGACCACUUAUUCGAUGUCUUCCAAUAAUCACGCCGAGGUUUUUCUCGUUAUUAAGUAAUAAGUACGGAAAUGUUUUUCCGGUACAUUAUACUGUACUAUAGAUACCGCUGGGCGGUCAACCGUGCAUCACAGAAGAAAAUAUUCAUUAUGGUUCUUAGGAAUCUGCUUUAUUAAUGUUAACGUUUGUGUACGAAGUAUGUGCAAAGGUAGGGGUAAUCAAAAAUAAAUUAUUUACUGUUGCA